UCUCUAUCAGUCCAGUAAGUCUGGCUGUUUUUAGGAAUUUGAGUUUUGUUCUACAUUUUCCUCCCUUUCUGUCCAGGACCUUCUAUUGUGUCCCUGGUCAGAGUGGUGGAUUAGUGGUUCUUCUGGUCUCAUGCUAGAUGAUGCAGGUAACCUUUCUGCAGAAGUAAUGUAGUCUACCCUUUGGGUAGUAGAGAGCUAAUUCAAAAUAUAUUUUUUAUGUAGAAAAUGACAAAGUUUUUUUAUUAAAAUUAAUUUGUAUAGCGUGAAGGAUGGAUCCAAAGUGAGAGAGUGACAGGAAACGGCAUGCCCUGUUAAGAUAUAGUGUAGGUCCACUCAUGAUGUAAUGAGACUUGGAUUAGAGCAAUUGGAGCAAGGUUGCAAAGUAACGGAGAGGAGAGCAGUGUCAUGAAGGAAAAAAUACAACUAGCACAACACGUGAUGGGGGAGAUAGAAAAUUAUGUAGACUCGCCCUCCCCUCAGAAUGCCAACUCCUGAGUGUAAGUCUAUGUGUUUGAUUCAGGCUUUAACAGGUUAGGUCUGGUUAUGUUAUAUAAUCACCAGAUUGUGUGAUUCUGAUUAAUGUUUUCCCUUAUAAGUGGGAAAAUCUAGUUGUGUGAAUAAGAAAACAGUUUUUUUUCCCCUUACUCAAUUUCCUCCAUUUGUCAGCAUUGAUGGAAAAAUAAACUUUAGUGUUACGUUCUUUUCUUUAGAGUAGAUAUUUUCUCUAGAUUGUUUAUUGUUCGCUAUUGUUUUUAUUAUUGAAGGGGAGGAAAAGGGUGUAGGUUUUUUAGCUACUAGGAGUUCAAAUGCAAUAAUUAGUAAGGACACACAAAUUUUGAAAUAGUAUUUUAUGCCUCUUGAUCUCAGGUACAAAACAGGAGAUGAAGCAGUUAAAUAGCAAAGCAAGACAGGAGGGACAGAGAAUUAAAGUAAGUGUUUUCUAUAUAUUGCAUCUAUGUUCCCAUUAAUCUCUGUUUUGUUAUGUAACUGCUCAUUCUGAAUGUUCUGAAUGUGAAGAAAACUAUGAGUUAAAAAGGGUAUAUUUUAAAAGUUAGGUUUAGAUAAACCCGUGAGAGUAAAUGUUGUUUCGUAUUCUUGGUUGUAUUCAAAACAUCAUCUGCCUACAAAUUGUAAUCUUAAUGUUCUUGAAUAAGAAAUUGAGUUAUGAUCAUGUAAACUCCUUUUAAGUCUCUUGCCAGCAGAUAUCCAAAAUGAAAGGACUCACAUAGUGAUCUCCAUGUAAGCUAGUCCACGCUCCCAUGUUUUCAGUCAUACUUGCUGUUGAGAUGCUCUAAUGUAGAUCUUUUGGAAAGAGACUUUAUGUCAAUUUCUCACCUUACUGUGAGGAUCAUUUAACUUUCUAUGCCUAGGAAAUAAUAUCUUUUAUCAGAACUGACCUUUACAAUUCUGUCUUUUUAAAAAAUCUUCUCAUUGUUUAAUAUUUUCAGUUAACAAGUGGAAACCAAAGCAUAUUAAUCUUUGAAACUCUCUUUCGUCCCUUUCUGUAGUUGUUGAGGUCUUUCUUGACAGCCUCUUUACUAAAUUGCUAUUGAGUAUUACAUUGAGAAAGUUUAGAGAUUUCUUAUACAUGAGAAUAAAAUCUAGGGCAGAUUCUGACCGAACACAGUUUUAGGCGAAUAUAGCUUGUUUCUAUUAAUAGGAACACUGAUAACUAGCCUUGGCCACAAUAUAAUUUACAAAAGUACUUUCAUAUUGCCUGUUAUGAUCCUCACAACCAGCUCAUCAAGAAGCCAUUUUUUAAAAAUUCUCUUCGUUUUUUGAGAUGAGGAAAUCAAGGCUCAGAGAAGGUAGUUAACUUGCCAGGUAGUAAACAACCAGUUAAGUGGUACAGCGAGGACUAGCAACCAGGCUUUAUGACUCUAAAUGACUGGCAUUUUCUACCAUAUCACACUUACUAAGUAUAAGAGAGACCUCAAAACAGUUGUGAUUUCUCCUUGUCCAGAACUUUCAGGACACAUUACUCUAGCAGUUGUAAAAUGAUGAUAUUGCUAUUAUUACUUCUUAUGAAAAUAUUUUUCACAUUUUCUACAUAAAAACAGUGAGUCAUGGAUGAUUCAGACAGGCUUGCUUCCUGGUCUCACCACCGUAUUUGACAUUGGACAAGGUCCUUCACUUCUGCGCCUCGUAUUUCUCAUCUGCAAAGAGAUUGAUCUCAUAACAAUUGUGUGAGAAUUAAAUAGAGGAAGCUUUAUAAAGCAUUUAGCACAAUAUCUGGAAUUUAUUAAGUACUCUUUAAGUGUUUGUUCUUCUCUGUUCCCCUUUUUUACUUCUGAUCUCAUGAAAACUUACCAGCCUUCUGAUACGAAACCAUGUUAGGAAUCUUACACGUCUUGGAUGCUCGCUGGAGAGACAGCUGUUCUGAAUUCCUAGAGUAUGUCUUCAGCAAGAUAAUGGACUUUCUUAUGGUAUUUAAAUGCCCAACAUGAAGUUCUGGUUUUACAGACAGCCCUCAUUACAGUGAUCACUUGAAUGACAGUCGAUUAGGAGCCCAUGAAGGCUUGUCCCCAACACCUUUCAUGAACUCCAAUCUGAUGGGGAAAACAUCAGAGAGAGGCUCAUUUUCCCUGUAUAGCCGAGACGCUGGAUUACCAGGCUGUCAAUCUAGUCUCCUGAGACAAGAUCUAGGGCUUGGGAGCCCAGCACAGCUGUCUUCUUCAGGAAAACCUGGGACGCCAUACUAUUCAUUCUCUGCCACCAGUUCCAGAAGAAGACCGCUCCACGACUCUACAGCACUUGAUCCUUUGCAAGCAAAGAAAGUCAGAAAGGUGCCUCCUGGUUUGCCUUCUUCUGUAUAUGCACCAUCCCCAAAUUCAGAUGAUUUCAACCGUGAAUCACCUAGUUAUCCGUCCCCCAAGCCACCAACCAGUAUGUUUGCUAGCACUUUCUUUAUGCAAGAUGGGACCCACAAUUCUUCUGACCUUUGGAGUUCAUCAAAUGGGAUGAGCCAGCCUGGUUUUGGUGGAAUUCUGGGGACCUCUAGUUCCCACAUGUCUCAAUCCAGCAGUUACGGCAGCCUUCAUUCACAUGACCGCUUGAGUUAUCCUCCACACUCGGUUUCACCCACAGACAUCAGCACGAGUCUUCCGCCAAUGUCCAGCUUCCACCGCGGCAGUACCAGCAGCUCACCUUACGUUGCUGCCUCGCACACUCCUCCCAUCAACGGGUCAGAUGGCAUUCUAGGACCCAGAGGGAAUGCGGCUGGAAGCUCGCAGACAGGUGAUGCACUUGGAAAGGCUUUGGCAUCUAUUUAUUCUCCUGAUCACACCAGCAGUAGUUUCCCAUCAAAUCCAUCAACACCAGUUGGCUCACCCUCACCUCUCACAGGUACCACUCAGUGGCCCAGACCUGGAGGGCAAGCUCCUUCAUCCCCAAGCUAUGAAAACUCACUCCACUCCCUGCAAUCUCGAAUGGAGGAUCGUUUAGACAGACUGGAUGAUGCCAUCCAUGUGCUGCGGAACCAUGCUGUGGGACCUUCCACCAGUUUGCCUGCUGGUCACAGUGAUAUACACAGUUUAUUGGGACCAUCCCAUAAUGCGCCAGUUGGAAGCCUCAAUUCAAACUAUGGAGGAUCAAGCCUUGUUUCAAGCAGUCGAUCAGCUUCAAUGGUUGGAACUCAUCGGGAAGACUCUGUCAGUCUCAACGGCAAUCAUUCAGUCCUGUCCAGUACCGUCACUGCUUCAAGCACGGACCUGAACCAUAAAUCACAGGAAAAUUAUAGGGGUGGCUUGCAAAGUCAGUCUGGAACUGUUGUUCCCGCAGAAAUCAAGACUGAAAACAAAGAGAAGGAUGAAAACCUUCAUGAGCUCCCCUCGUCAGAUGACAUGAAGUCGGAUGAUGAAUCCUCCCAAAAAGAUAUCAAAGUUUCAUCUAGAGGAAGAACAAGCAGUACUAAUGAAGAUGAGGAUUUGAACCCAGAACAGAAAAUAGAGAGAGAGAAGGAAAGGCGCAUGGCUAACAAUGCCAGAGAACGCUUGCGUGUGCGGGAUAUUAACGAGGCAUUCAAAGAGCUUGGCCGGAUGUGUCAGCUUCACUUGAAGAGUGAAAAGCCCCAAACGAAGCUCCUUAUUCUUCAUCAGGCUGUGGCAGUCAUCCUCAGUCUAGAACAGCAAGUCAGAGAGAGGAACCUUAACCCCAAAGCAGCCUGCCUUAAGAGAAGGGAAGAAGAAAAAGUUUCUGCCGUAUCGGCAGAGCCGCCAACUACACUGCCAGGAAGCCAUCCUGGGCUUACUGAAACUACCAACCCUAUGGGUCAUAUGUAAACAUCAGCCAGUUCCAGAGUUAUCAGUAGGCUAGAUAGAAGGUGACCUCUCCUCACAAGGACUUUGGACAACUCAGAUUUUCUGAAGACACAAACCUGACAGGAGGGAGAAGAAAACACAAAACACUUGAAGCAAGAAACUCCUAUGUGAUCCUGUGAUCAAAGCAACUGGUCAACACUUCCGUCAGAAGUGAAGCUAGGAAGCUCGUCAGAUAGCGUGUCGGCCCUUGAGAUGUUUGGAACAUAUCAUUUUGUUGCAAGCACUGUGUCGCUUCUGCACAAUCAGAGACCGUCUCGAUCUCUCCACUCACCGUGGAGGUUGCCUUGUGCCUAAACUGAAUUGACAAAUGCAUUGUAACUACAAAUGUUAUUUAUUGUUGUGGAACUGUAAGGUCUACAUAUAAAGGGAAAAAGUUGAUGUGGAAAGCUGACCUACGCUCAGCUGAUGCCAGCACUCGUGAAAGCUGUCCCGUGCAGAGAAGAAAUCAGUGACAGCCACUUGCCCUUAGCAUUCCCGGCAAACCUGUUAGUGUCUUAAAAAGGAAGGGAAAAGUCUUUUGUCGCCCUCUCCGAUCCUUUUGCCAUAUGAAUAGUGUUUUCCAUGAAAUAGGAAAAUAUUACUUGGUAUAGCAUUUCUCUCGCUCAUUUUUUCACUUGUUUUUGUUUUUCUCAUUGUGGGUGUUAUUUGGUUUCUGAAUCUUAAGAGUUUAUGGUCACAGUCCAGAACCUCCACGCAGCCCUGUGUUCUUUGCACACUCACCCGACGGUGAGCAGACACCAUCUGUGACCAUAGCCUAGCUAAGAUCUUACGAGGGGAAGUUUCGCCCCCCCACCCCGAUUUCCCCAAAAUAAACGUUGCUUUAUUUCUAAUAAUAACCAAGACUUUUCAAGCUUCUAGGUUUCAUAGUAAAGCUUGUAAUAGCAAACAGUGUAAAUUACAAGAGAAGAGUCUACUUUUUAGAAAUGGCUUUGUUUUCCAAGCAGUGAGUACUACACAUAGUACUUGUAAAGUGUUAGCUGUAAGUAAGCACAAAAUGCAUUUAAAACACAAAGAAGAUUUUCAGGCUGUGAUUAUGGUGAAAUAAGAAAACCCAGAAGUCACCAAGGCAGGUAGUGUGAUAAAUGAACACGCCACUCCACGGCUAAUUACCUAAUGGAACCCAAGGGCAGAGGUCCCCUGUGUUCCCUUAGCCUAGGCUUGGUUUCUCUUUCAUUUGGAUGGCUGGUCGGUAGGGAGGAAUUCAGUGGGUGAUCCAAUCAGCUGCAAACCAUCUGCCCUGUCCCAAGAAGGUGAGCCAGAUUAGCACUGGACCAGUACUGUCAGGUCAUCUUACUACUGCGCGUUAAGGCGCCCCUCUGUCUAAUCCUUAGGAGUUGUUUUUAAGACAUCAUAAUCACUUUGAACUUCCAUAAAAUCCGUCUUCCACCACAACAACCCUGGGAGAGAGAAACAUGCUAAACAAGGUUGUCUUGGCUUAAUAAUUGGUUAUAGCCAAUCUCAACAAUGGCAAUCAGCACACAGAAGAAAGGACCCAAAUCACUAUGUAACUUAAAGAUGUCAGUUAAUUUGAAAGAACAAAAGCAAUUAAGACGGAACUUCAGAUCCUCCAAUCAGGAUGAUUCCUAACUAAUCAGUCGUUUGUGAACUUCGUGGACUUUUUGGUUACUUUAGUUUGCAUCUGUUCCCCAGUUACAUCAGACUGUCUGCGGCCUUGUUCUUCAUUUCAGUGUUAGUCAGCUAAACAAGUUGUCUCUUAUGAUGUGUGAGCGCACAGACGCCACUGCCUGGCCUUUUUUUCUUCGGAGCUUGUUGUCUUUUUCGCUCUAUUAGACUUUGCAGUAUGCCCAGAAGCUUUCCUUCAUAAAAUAGAAAGAAAAAAAAAAAAACAUUUGGCUUAUUUUUCACUGUAGCUAGUCUUUUAUACAAUAAUCUUGUAAGAAAAUUUCUUGAAUUCUAAAUAUUACUCUUUCUAGAUUUUUGAAAUCGAAAAGUUUUCAGUAAAAAGUUUCUUACUUUAUUUUAUUAUAUUAGGUAGUAAAAAUGUAGGGUUAUUUACCAUAACCUGUUCAUUAAUAUCAGAAAUUUACAAUAGCAUUUUAAGACCAUAGUAGGAUUCUAGCAUACCGUGUAGUACCUAUGGAGUAUUGUAAGAGCUAAUUGUCCGAGAUGAAUUGCUUCUCAUCUUGUUCUCCAGUUUCCAUUGUUGGUUUAUUGCAGAUUUGUAUCCUGUGUCAAAUUCAAGGUAUUAUUGAUAAACCUUUUCAACCAGCAGCAAGAAGUUCAAAAUUUUUUCUGUCACUGUAACAGAAAACUCAAUAUGUAUAUAACAUUUAUGUAGCAAUAAAUGUGCCAUCUUUUUUUUAACA